UGAGAUAAGUGACUCUCGAUAGAUAGCAACGAGUUUCGACCUGCUUAGUAAAUAUUGAACUGUCGGUAGGAGAUCUCACCGGAGGGAUAAAUAUACCUCUAUAUAACCGGACAUAAAAUACAUAUUGUGAAAAAAUAUUUCGACAGAAUCUAACUAAUAUUUUAAUUGAGUUUGAGAAAAAAAAUAAACGAUUUAAACAAGGUUAUUCUACCCACAUAAAAAUGAAAGAUGGAAGUUGGAUAAUGUGAUUCAAUGAAAAACAAAUAUGAAGUUCACAAUUUAGCUUUUGUAAAAACGUACUGAAAAUGAAAUACCGGGGGAGAGGGAAAUCCGCUCCCAUAGCUCGCUUGACAGAUAUAAUUUCGAGAGGAUAUUUCCAACAAGUUCGAUUUUUCGUUGAUUUGGGAAUUGAUAUCGACCAACAAGAUGUCAAUAAUCGUUCCCCUCUUGUACUAUGUGCGGUUAUGGAACCUUCACAAUGGGGAACUGGAAUAGCUCGUUUACUUAUAGAAAAAGGAGCAAUAAUUGACAGUCAAGAUAAAUAUGGUAUGAACGCUUUACAUCUAGCGUGUAUCUACAACAGAUUAGAAUUAGUAAAAGUUCUUUUACAUGCAAUUGAUUUUGAUUUAGUUCAUACCGACAAAUGGGGAAAUACUGCCCUCCAUUAUGCCGUAAGAAGUGGAAAUAGUGCCUUAGUUGAGAUACUCAAAGAUACAUACUUACAUUACAAAUAUACACUAGACACAAAGAACAAAGAAGGACUGACGGCUUUGGAUGAAGGCUACAGGUACUCACAAUCAGCAUGUGUAGCAGUACUCCAAAUAAAACAUACCAUGGCUAACAGCGAUGAUGAGUCUGUCAGUCAACAUUCUGUUCCACAGUUACAGCUAUCACAUGAUCAUUUGUCCUCUCGGAGUAUUUCAAAUUUUAGCUUUAGACGGACCUUGAACAGACCAAAAACAGCACAUUUUCCGCACAAACCUGAUUUUCCCCGGGAAUGUUCUACUAUGUCAAAUUCGUCUAGUACUUUACUGUAUCCAUUUCCAGAACCACGCAAAUUUAUACGACAACCCCGUCGCGAAUUACAACCAAACGAGAAAGAUCCGUCAAAACUGAUCUUUUGUUCGGAUACUACCGAUUUUAGAAACCAUCCGGAAUACCUUUAUCAACUAGUAGAACCUGGAGUUUUACCUAUGACUUACAUUUUCAAUUCAAGGCGACCGAAAUCAGCAAUGCCAAAUCGAGCAUCCCCAGUAUCAGACAAUGGAGGCACGUUUUUCAAUUGGCGAAUCGAGUUUAAGAAACUGUAUGUUCAUUAUGAAUAUCAGUGUACACAAUCGUAUCGAGAUUCUAUGAAAACUGUACCAACCUUAAGUCUUACAGAGGACAAAUCCAACUCACCGUUACAGACGGACAAUGAAAGUGAGGAUUUCGACAAGGGAAGCAAGAAGGGUAGAAAACACAGUUCUAAACAUGGAGAACGAAAACUACAGACAUCGCAACAAGGCAAACGGAAGUUGUCUAUAGUAGGUAGACAUUCGCAUUCGCCUACUUCUCUAGAUGGGUCUUUGGCAUCUAGCAGUGAAUCAUUGAGCAGUGGAACAUCGUCCAAAAGAAUGCUUUCUGCCCAGAAAGACCGCCUGAAAGUGCCAAGUGACCAGCAAAUUAUACCAAAUGGAAGGACUAGUCGAGCGUCUAAUCGGGAGCAUUCUGCCAGUAAACUGAGGGUAUCUUAGAUGGAAUGCUACUUAAGGAAGUACUAGUAGUUAAAUGUGAUAAAAUUUUGAUGUACACAAUUUAAAAUGAGUGUUUAAACUAGAUAACUCGAGUAUAAGCCAAUUUGGCUUCAAAUUUAGUGUAUAGUUUGGUGAAUAAUGCAGUACUUUUAACAUUUUGUAAUAUUGCCGACUCACUGACACCAAAUCUACACAUAACUCUACGCAAUAUUUACUUCAUAUCAAGUCAUUAAAGACAUUUAAAAGUCGUAAUUUUGAUUUUUGAAUAGUUUUACCUACUUGUAUAUUGUACAUGAUGUGUGAACAUACAGGUAGGCUUUUAAAGAAUGAUAAGUUUUAUAAACACUUCACCCCAUAAUCAUCUUAACAUGGUUCGGUUAUCUCUCAUAAUAAAAUAGGUAAGAAUUUGUGAACAACUUUCAUAAUUUAAAUAAAACUCUACUAACUAUCUUA